UCUUUUUCAGAUAGAUCGCGGCCCGGUCCGAUCAUGCCCAGGUGAACUAAUAACCCCAAAGCCACAAAGCCAGAACUAAAAGAAGCCCCCACAGAUAAAAAUGGACAAAGCAACGCCAACACCAGAAUCUCCGCCAGUGUCGCCACCACAGCAGGCGGCGCUUCACCAAGACGACGCAGCUGAUGACGAUGAGAACGUGAAGCAAUUGAAGGAAUGCUCUGCUCUCUACUUAUCCUUGCAAGAUUGUCUUAUUAAGAGCAACAGGAAUUGGAAAUCUUGUCAAAUGGACAAUGUCAAUGGAUCAACCUCGUCCUCGCUCCAAAGAAAAACUAUCUUCUCUUUUAAAAGUUAAAAGCUGCAACAACGUUACUCUAGCCAGUGAGGAAAUGUUCUUCUUGCCACUCUCUCAUGUUGCACUUCUUGUAUAUGAAAAAGUUAAAAUGAUCAAGAGAUCUAAUGAUCAAUGAGAAAAUUGUCAUACUAGGAGGGGGAAGAUACAAAUAUCAGAAUCAUGAUGCAAGUGACAUGGAUGGUGGCCUUUUAUUGUUUAGAUAGGCCUUGUUCCAUGGAGAAAUGCAAACAACUACUCAUGCAGCAUGAUAAAUGGUCCAAUGGUUUGCAUUAAAUGCCUAAAAAUCAUGGCCAAUUGAGCUUCUUUCAGAGUCUGUUAGGUGAAACGUCGGAAUCUUCUGAUUUGUGAUGCUAGAAGCGUGAUGAAUGCUAAUGUUCAUUUGCUGCAUAAGUAUGAUGGACAUGCAGAGGAUAAGGCAAGUACUAAGUACGUGUGGAAACUCGAAGAAAUGGCUUAGGUUACUGGAAGAAAAAUUAAGAGAUUAUUGUAAACUGUUAUCUGUCAUCGAAGUAAAUAUUGCAAAUCGAAGUCUUUAUUGUUGCCCGGACCAAGUCCAAUGAUUAAUUUCAUUCACACCCUUUGCUCUGAA